AAUUUGUGGGAAUAGUUAGUCUAUCAUUAAGCACCACAUAGCCAACAACAAAAUUCAUCUAUAUUUUAAUUAAUUUUUAUCCUGCUAGUAAAUCAUUAAAUGCAAUGCUUUGCAGUUUAAACGGUGCAAAAUUAUGUGUUGUUUUGUGUAUGGUGUUCUGUUUUUAUCCUAGCUCAGAAGGAAGAACGGUUGGUGUACUUCUGGGAGAUUAUCCAUCGCAGGAACAGCGGCUCUUGAACAGCACCAUCGCGAAGAAAUAUGCCAAAGGAGAAAUUAUAUUUUCCGCCAACGUGCAGCGAGUUUCGGAAAUUGAUAGUUUCGGCGCUAGCAAGACGUUAUGCGAGGUAUUAAGCACUGGCGUCCUCGCCAUCUUCGGUCCAAGAUACACACCAGCCACAACGAUUUUAGAAUCAAUUUGUUUGGAAUUUGAAGUUCCGUACAUUUCCUAUUCAUGGCGACCACGUGCCGAUAAGGACAAAGGUUUCUUCAUGAAUUUCUUUCCGGAAACUAACAUGUAUGCGCACUCUCUAGGAGAGAUAGUCAGAAGCUUUGGAUGGAAGAGUUUUGUUGUGAUUUACGAAAAGGAUGACACAUUGUUGAAAUUAAAAGAAGUAUUGAAUUUUCAGAAAUAUAACGAGAAGGAUAAGAGGAAUAAAAUAGCAUUUGAAAAACUAGGACCUGGACCAGACUAUUCAGAAUUAUUUGCAAAAGUUGAAAGAUCUACACAAACAAAUAUUAUUUUGGACUGUAAAACUGAACAUAUUAAGCCACUACUACGUCAAGCCAAAGAAGCCAAUCUUUUGAAUGUCUAUAAUAACUAUUUUCUAAUCGAUAUGGAUGCUCUCACACUUGAUUAUUCUGACUUAAAUACUACAGCUAAUAUUACCACCAUAAGGCUCUUCGAUGAUCAUGAUAAUUCUCUAAAAGAAACCAUAAGGAAAAUAGGCCUGGCUGAACUAAUUCAUUACAGAAAACUGAAGACUGAUACUGCUCUGUUUUACGAUGCCCUCUGGUACGUCCAUGACACUGUAAAAUUUUUGCCGCUGCUGCUAACCAACGUUGUUCACUGUAACGGGUCUCAAAAGUCGAAGAAUGGAAUGGAAUUGUCCUUAUCACUUAAAGAUAGAUAUGCAUCAGUUGGUAUAACUGGUCCCCUAGAAUUUGACGCCAAAGGUAGCAGAGUUGAUUUUAAUCUCAUUGUUGUCGAUGUACUACAAAAUAAGAAGAUCGCCACUUGGUUUGAAAAUAAUCAAAGUUUGAUUGUUAAUGAAGAGGUCGAUAAAUCUGUAGCAGUAGUGAAUAAUUUGCAGUCGACUAAAGUUAUCGUGUCAUCAAAACUUGGCGCUCCUUACUUAAUGCAAGCAGAAGCUGACGAUGGAGAAAUACUAGAAGGAAAUGCUAGGUAUGAGGGUUUUUGCUUGGAUUUAAUAGCCCAAAUUGCAAAAAUAGUUGGAUUUGAAUUCGAAAUACAACUUACUGAAGGCGGUUCUUAUGGAUUUUACGACGAAAUUGAAGAUAAAUGGACUGGGCUGAUUGGUGACGUUUUAGAAAAGAAAGCUCAUUUAGCAAUAUCUGAUAUAACAAUUACUCAAGAAAGAGAAGAAGUGGUGGACUUUAGCUUACCCUUUAUGGAAUUAGGAAUAAGUUUAUUACACAGUAAACCAGAUUUUGGAGACACACAGUAUUUUGUAUUUUUAAGUCGCUUUAGCAAAUCACUUUGGACGACGAUCUUAUAUUCCUAUAUUGCUAUAUCAGUUUGCUUGUACAUUGUAUUAAGGUUAUCACCUGAUGAUUGGGAGAGGAGACAUCCUUGCGAUGAGUUAGAUGAUACAUUAGUAAACCGUUGGGAUCUAAAAAAUUCUUUAUUACUAACACUUAGAGCGUUAACUAUGCAAGGCAGUGAUGCAGUUCCGAAGGGCAAAUCUGCAAGACUGGCAAUCAGCAUGUGGUGGCUAUUCUGCCUCAUACUAACAAGUUACUAUAUAGCCAACACUGCCAAUGUAGCCAACUUAUCCAAUUUAGAAUCACCACUUCAGGGCGUUGAUGAUUUAACAUCACAAACUCAAAUUAAAUACGGAAUGCUGAAAGGUGGAUCAACGGAAGAUUUUUUCAGAAACUCCAACACAACUACGUAUGCAAAAUUAUGGCACUACAUUGAACAUACACCAGCUGUGUUUACUAAAACAACUCAAGACGGUGUAGAUAGGGUGUUAGAAUCUAAUGGACAAUAUGCAUUUUUCAUGGAGUCUACUACUUUAGAGUAUGCACUCGAAAGGAAUUGCAAUUUGAGACAAGUUGGAGGUUUAUUGGAUACGAAAUCGUAUGGGAUUGCUAUGCCACAAAAUGCUCCCUAUAGAGGCACUAUCAACAGAGCCAUUUUAAAACUUCAAGAAGAGGGCAUCUUGCUUGAACUCAAACAAAAAUGGUGGUCAGCUGAAGAACCUUGUUCAAUAGACGAAGAGUCUUCUGUGCAAAUGAAACCAGAAAAUGUUGCAGGUUUAUUUGUUAUACUUGGAGUGGGAAUCGUAAUAGCUUUUGGUGUAGCUGUUUUUGAAUUUGUUUGGAAUGCGAAGAGGGUAGCUAAAGAGGAGGGGAUUACAUACUGUGAAGCUGUGUGUGAUGGACUUAAAAUGGCUAGUUCUAUCUGGACGAAUAGAAGAAAAAUACGAUCACAGUAAUUAUUUGCACUUAAAAUUAUUUUUAUGAAAUAAUAAAUAAAG